UUUUUGUUUUUGGUUUGCGCGGACACUCCCGACAUUAAGCAGCCAUGGAUGCCAUCAAGAAGAAGAUGCAGAUGCUCAAGCUCGACAAGGAGAACGCCAUGGACAGAGCUGAGCAGGCCGAGUCAGACAAGAAGGCAGCUGAGGACAGGAGCAAACAGCUUGAGGAUGACCUUGUAGCCCUUCAGAAGAAGCUGAAGUCAACUGAGGAUGAGUUAGACAAGUACUCUGAAGCCCUGAAGGACGCCCAGGAGAAACUGGAGCUUGCUGAGAAGAAAGCCACAGAUGCUGAGGGAGAUGUAGCUUCCCUGAACAGACGUAUCCAGCUGGUUGAGGAGGAGUUGGACCGUGCUCAGGAGCGUCUGUCCACAGCUCUGACCAAGCUGGAGGAGGCUGAGAAGGCUGCUGAUGAGAGCGAGAGAGGAAUGAAGGUCAUUGAGAACAGGGCAAUGAAGGACGAGGAGAAGAUGGAGCUGCAGGAGAUCCAGCUGAAGGAGGCCAAACACAUUGCAGAGGAGGCUGACCGCAAGUACGAGGAGGUGGCCCGUAAGCUGGUGAUCAUUGAGAGUGACUUGGAACGUACAGAGGAGCGUGCUGAGCUGUCCGAGAGCAAAUGUUCUGAGCUCGAGGAGGAGCUGAAAACCGUGCAGAACAACCUGAAGUCUCUAGAGGCCCAGGCAGAGAAGUACUCGCAAAAAGAGGACAAGUACGAGGAGGAGAUCAAGGUUCUUACAGACAAGCUGAAGGAGGCUGAGACUCGUGCCGAGUUCGCUGAGAGAUCAGUUGCCAAGCUUGAGAAGACCAUUGAUGACCUGGAGGACCAUCUAUACAAGCAGCUUGAGAAAAACCGUCUUCUGACCAAUGAACUGAGAGUAGCCUUAAACGAGGCUUAAACUGGAAUGGGCUCUCGUAUUCUUUCAUUCUUCUAAAACUCAAAAUGUUCAGGCAUAUUGUCUAAUGCUGUGAUAUAAGAGUAGAGACAACUGUGUGUAUGCCACAGAACCUAACAAACCAAGUAAUGCUUUUAACAAAGUGGAAUACUAAUUUAAGUUUUUCACAUUAUGCAUGCUCAAACUGCAGUUCCUGAUGGGAGGUCAGACAACUUAAUGAAAAGUUACUGAUUGGAUUUGAUUUAGUUUCUGUUAUUGACAAGGCUGUGGCACACCAUUUAAAAUCUGCAUGCUGUUACUCACGGCGUAAAGGCUGGCAAUGAUGCAAGUGGUCCGCAGCUAGGGAAAGCUCCUAAAAUGCUGCAGGGGGUUCACAAUUCCUUCUACAUCUACAAUUCCCCUCUGUAAUGUUAUAAUGGCUAAACAAAAAGGACAAGUUUCCAACAAAAAUGCUUAGUGAAUGCUAUCUUUUUGUAAGUAUUAAUUAAAAAUCAGAAGAUGUAAUGUGGUCAACUGUGCUGAGACCCAAACCACCCAUUAUUUUGGUUUUAAUGCAGAUUUGAUCUGUUGCCAUUGGAGUUGAGUUUUCUCUUGGAACUUUAUUUUUAUCUGUAGCAUUUCAGUCAAGACACGUGUCCACAAGCUUGACAGACUGUCCCUAAGCUCACAAUCUGAAUAAGUAUGAACACUGAAUGAAUGUGCAAACCCUCCUGAAUUCAAGUCUAAAUAGUAACACAGGAGGGAGUGUACUUGGGUGCAAAGCAGCAAGGAUGCAGUGCUGACCACUGGUACAUGUAGAGCCAAUUCGCACCAUUUGUGUGCCAACUAGUUGUUUAGAGAUAGGUUGUCACAUCUGAUUGGAAGGUAUAAGGAGCAUGUACCUACUAGAUGACGGAUCUGCCAGAACAACUGCAAGGCUACACCUUGUAAAAUAUAUCACUUGCAGACAUGCAGUAUUUUUCAAAAAUCAAAUGAAAAAACAUAACGGUACAGAUUAAGCUUUAGUGUAAAAUUUAAAUAACAAGGACAAAAAGCUGUGAUAGGAUAAAGGAUUGGCAAAACAAUAUCGGGGAUAGUUCUGGAAGGAGAUAACUGGCCCAUAAAGAUCAGUCGGAGUAAAUCGGUGCUCACGUUUGUGUUUUGUUUUUUGAGGUUAGAGGUUUGUUUUGAUGGGCCUGAAACUGAGAGGGUGCUUGGAAUUACUGCAGGACAAAAGCAUCAUUUAAAUAAAUUGCCAGUCUUGACUACAGCCCUGUCUAUAGCUUGCUUAUAAUAUUUACAGUGAAUUGGCUCACAGUAUUGGAGUUGAGGAAUAUGUACUUGCUUAAUGAAUGAUAACUUCUGUUAUCGAGGAAAAAGAGUUUUCUCCCAUUCAUAAGGUUUGUAAUAACAUCCAGCACAUGUCUAACACUGUUAUUUUGGACUAGAGCUUUGUCUGUUUAUAGUCUGUGCAUCUCUGCGCUGUUUUAAAAAAAAAAAAAAAAAGAUUUUUAACCAAUGAAAUGCUAUAUUAACA